UCGCUUAAUACGACUUCGUCGCACGAAAAAUCUUACACAGAUUUAACGUCUACAUUACUCUGUGGAAAUCCGUCUCUUGUUAAUGACAAAACAAUUAAUCUGUAUCAUCCAUACAAAAAAACAGAUUUCCAAAGCACUUCAAGGUUACAAAAUAGAAAUGAUACUUUAAUUUCAUCAACACUCGAAGCAAUAAUGCAUAAAUUAGAAGAUAUGAGCAAAGAAAUGCACUUUAUACAAGAACAAGUUAACAAAUUAGUUAAUUCCCAGAGCCUGAUGAAUGAUACUCAUUCAAUAAUACAAAAUUUAAAUUUGCCGAUAUCCAUGAGAGAAGACUACCAGGAAUUUAAUUCUAAUGGCACAAAAUUAAAAACCCUACAAGCAUAUCUAUUUACAUUAGGUGGUUUGGAUUUGCGAGGAGCGUUAAAUGAUUUUUUAAAAGUCACCAUGACUGAUAAGUUUGUGGCAGAAAAUAUAACAUGGAAAGAAGGAAAAAAGAAAGAUGGACAAAAUAAAUUAUCUUUUCGAGAAAGUGCAAUAAGCCAGACUUUCUUCGGUGCUGCUCGUAGACUUGUUAGAUUAGGAGAGAUUUCUUUCAAAGAAUAUUGUACAGAGAUAAAAUGUGCUAUUAAAAAUGCUACUCAAAGAGUAUAUAUGUCAAAAACCGUUAGGCCCAAGCAAAAAAAUGUUGACCAGGUUGAAAAAGAAUCUCGUCUGAUGCAAAUGUAUGAAGCAGCUUAACGAUUCUAUUUUUUUUUAAAUAUGUUAAUUUUUUAUUUAAGAGAUGAUCAACAACAUCGUUUUUUUAUUUUGCACAAGAAAUGCAUUAUAUAAGUGCUCAUAUAAUGCUUGCUCAUAUAAUUUUUAUGACGUGAAUUUAAAUUACUUUUGAUUAAACACAAAAUGUAACUUCAUUAAUAGUUUGAAUAUUAUUAUAUGUUAGUAUAUUUAUAAUAAUAUGAAAUAAAUAUUUUAAUAUAUUCUUAAUACGUUAUUUUUAUACAAUAUAUAAAAUAUAACUCCUUUUAUCAUAUAUUACAUAAAGCAUUGUGCUAUUACUUUGUUCUUGUGAAUUUAUUAUAUUAUUAUAUGGAUUAAUAUUACAAUAUUGUUUUGUAAUUAAAUUUGUAAUCUUUUACAUACUGUUACUCAUGAACGAGUUUAUGAAAAAAAAGGAGAUUAAAGCUCAUAAAAUUUUGAGUUUUGCAUAAUUUCUAAUAAUUAAACAUGGUAAAAUUGUUAAUUAAUUGUUAAUAUAAUUAUUCUGGUUUAUAGAAAAAUUUAAUAUCUUUAUUUUUAAUUCCUAUCCUUUUCUUCCAUAAUCUGUAGUAGCAAAAUAAUAGAACUUAAUUGGCGGUUUGAUGACAGUAUCUCAUAACUAACAAUUUAUUGAAAUAUAGAUUUUUACUUUUUAUAUCAAUUAGAAAAAAAUAGAAAUGCCUCAAGAAUAUUGAUAAAAAAUAAUUUAUCAAAAUUUUAAUUAUGUAUUAAGAGAGUAUGCGUCAACUAAAAGUAUACUUUCUUGCAUUUUAUGUAAAAAGUUGUUAUAGACUACUAAAUUAUUUUAGAAGGAAAUAGACUUCAGUUUCCUUAGGAUAAAAAAUUAGUCAUUCUAGUAGUCUACUAACUAAUACAUUACUUUUAAACUACAGUUGGAGACUUUUCGAUUAUACUUUAGAAUGAUACUGUUGGACGAAUGUAGCACGCUUAUUUCUCACUCGCAUGCUUAAGGCGUUACAUUACGCCGAGAUGGCAGGCAUCCUAACCUAAAUAGUCGCCAACUUUAACGCUUGAUAUCUCGGUUCGCGAGGCAGAGCGACACUUUUUUCUGCUAGAUUCGUUUAUUUUGUGCGAAAACGCACCGAAUGAGCCUCGUAAAAAUCGGAAAUAGUGGGAGUUUUCUGAAUCAUUACCUAAUUUAUAUUAAAAAUAUCUAAUAAUAAGGCUAAAUAAUUAAAGGGCUAGUGAGAGUGUUCGCGCGGUAUUCAAGACGUAGGUUCUUUCCUGUUCAAAUCAAAUUUAUUUCAAAUAUAACUUUUUAUAUAACAAUAUCACAAGCGUACGAUUAGCUCAGUGUUAGCGUAUUAGGUUAUUGUUCCGAAGAUCUUAGGUUCGAAUCCCGCCGCACCGAUGCGUUUAUAAAAAUUGUAAAAUAAUGCGUAAUUGUAAUUAGAUAAAAUAAAAGAAUGUUGUAUGCGAAAGAGUAAAUACGGAUAUAUAAGCUAUAAAAA